GCUCUAGAGAUAACGUGUCUCCCAGUGCUGACGAACGCACCGCCUCCCAGGUACAGACUAAAACUUGCUCUGAUCUGGACACGGAGAAGAAAACACCCGUCACGUUUCAACAGGCUCACGCACUCCCCAGGGAUGGGGUUUUCCUGCAGGACAGCUCACGGGCAGAAGGCAGACAGAAGAGCCCGGAAAAGCUGUGCUGUGGAAUUGCCAGGCUCACCCCUGAGGAGAAAAACCCCCAAACCUCCAGAAGCUUGAUGAAGCUGAGGAGGCAGAUGAAGGCUCCGGUGUCGGAGAAAAGGGAAUCAGUGCGUGACGUGCAGCUAAUCAAUGCUGGUGAAGUGGUGAAGAAUCAAAUUGCCAGCUCGGAGCGACUUCGGUCACCAGUCUUCAGGCGAAGCAGCCUCUCCAGCGCUGAGGAGAACGCUCAGAGAGCGCCCAGGCCAGCGCUUGCACAGAGAGAAGAAACCAGUUUCGCUCCUCCCGCCGCAGCGCUGGAAGCUGUACAAGACACGCAGGAAGGCAGUGUCCCUCUGGGAGUGCCCGAGCUGUUCCCGUGUGCGCCGAGGGACAGCGGCCAUGUCUGGCAGCCUGAGCCCUCGGGUGCUGCGGCCACGUCGGGCAACUGUGAGCCUGCACAGCUGUGCUCGGAGAACAGUGACUCUGCUUUGCUUGAUGCCAGUGGUGAUGGAGGAGAAGAAUCUUCCAGUAUAAUCAAACCAACGGACAGUGAGAGGGUGUGUGAAGAUCAGGGAGAGUUGCGUAGGCUCUUGGAUUUCAUGUCAGAGAACGAAGCGUUGCCCGGUGACAGAAACAACACUGUGACUGACGAGAGCAAAAGCCGUGAAGGAAAUGGAAGUGACGCUAAUAGCUUCAGUCCCUCUCCAACAGAUCUUGCUCUGGGCAGUGUUGAAGAGCCGGUGGAGAGUCAACAUCUCGAAAUUCAGUCAGGACUUUCUCAUCCAGAAAAGGUGGCCGCUCCGGAGAGCGCCCUGAACUCUUGCACGGUGGUGGAAGGGCUGCUCUUCCCAGUUGAGUACUACGUCAGGACAACUCGACGCAUGUCCAAUUGCCAGAGGAAAGUGGACCUCGAUGCUGUAAUCCUGAGCCAGCUGGGCAGAAGCAAGAAGGGUCAGCGAAGUAAGUGUAAGCAGAAAGAUGCAAAUUCAGAUCGGCCCUCCCAAGAAAGAACUGACAAUGAUCUGGAGUCAGUGGUCACGCCGUUCCCUUUUUCUGGUGCAGAAAAUGAUCCAACAAAUUCAAGUAGUCCUCAGAAAUCUCUUCCUGCUACCUCUUCCAGCAGCACUUCAUGUGGAUCGGUUUCUCAGAACAGUAUCACUAGCACAAAGCGAGAUCAGAGGCGAUCACAGAAGAAGCAAAAGGGAAGAAGAAAGUCUCCCAGCAAGUGCCCAGUGCAUCAGGUGUCACAGGAACGUACAGAGAGUUUGGAUCUCAUAACAAGGGGGGGAAGCAGUCGUCUGCUGUCAAAUGAGUACCAGAGUGAAAAGGAAAACUGUGAGGCUAAUCUUGAAAAGUCAUCUUCAGAUGAGAGGAGGUUGUCUGCUGCUGCAGCUCCCAGGUCUGGAGAGGCAGAAGCGACUGGUGCUGUACAGCCAGCGAGUGCUGAUCCUCCUCCUGGAGGGAGCCUUGACAAAUGCCGUAAGACUCUGUUAGAACAGGCUCGGAAUCCACCUCAGAACAGUGAUGCUCUGAAGCCAGGGAGUGGAGCUUUUGCCAGCCACGUAGGAGACCUGGAAGCCAACUUCACUGUGUGUCAGACUGAUAAACGUCCCGUGGAGCGUGUCAAGGAUCGGCACGUGCAAGGAGCCUGCCGGGCUGAGCAGCUCCGAGCAACUGAUGUCCCUCCGCGCCGCUCCCUGCGUUCCUCUGCAAGACCGAGAGCCAGUCGAGUCUCGAAAGAUGGCAGCACAAGAAGACGUAGUUAUCCAACGGGUUCAGAGGGUCCUGCUUCUCUUGGCUCCCCUGCUCUGGACCUCGACACUUGCAGCUCUCUCUUCUCCUUCCGCAGUCUCCAGUGGCUGGUCCCCGUGCUGGGCAUCAGGGACUUCCACUUACCGGAUGAGGAGUUUGGACUACUAAAACUUGAGAAAUUAGGAUCUUUCCCUGUGAAUGACUUGGAGGCUUUUGUUCCUAGUGUGUUUGGAGAUGAUGUGGCUGCAGAGGACACACAAGAUGCACAAAUGAAUCCAGAAGAGAAAGGUCUCAAAAGUAAUUUGAUGUCACCUUUCAACAGUGGAUUGCCCAAGCUACCCCACUUAGAAAGCCCAGCUUCCAAGAAGGACCUUUCCACCCAUGAAUUGCUGUUUACUCCCACGGGGACUGUCUUAGCUGGUGCUCCCACUCAGCCUGAGUCUCAGAUUUCCUCAUCUGUUUUCCCUGUGGUGGGUGUGACCCCAGCUGUUUUACCAUCGAUAGGCAGUGAGGUCUUCCCCAGGACACCUUCUGUACCUCCCUCGCAAGUGAGCCUGCAUUCCUCCAGAGGAGCAUCUGCCCAGGUCGUGGAUGAUGGGGAAUGCAAAGACUCUGCCAUCCCACUGCACUUGGACAGCUGUGGUGCAGGAUCUGCUAGAAAAGAGGAGGAACGAGGUGCGACGUUUCCUUUAGAAGCUGACAGAGGUCCUGAUAAUGAACCUGAUGAGGCUGUGGCCUUGGAGGAGCAUCAGCAAUCAGCAAGCAAACAGCAGAGGUCCUGCAGAGCUUCUCCAGAACAGAAAAAAGAUGCAGCAGAAGAGCUGGCUCCGGUGCUGCUUGAUGGCCUGAGAGAAGAGAGCUUGCAGUUUGUGUCAAAGCUAAAGGAUUCAAGUUCCUGCGCUGUGGAUGUGAGUGCCAUGUGGUGGGAAGCAGCUGGCAGCAGAGCGCUGUGCGUGGUGACUGCUUGUGAGAGUUCCGUCUGCCUCUGGAAACCUCUGGCGUCCGACCGCUGGGCAAAGCUCUACACUUGGCAGCUUGGAGAGAUUCCUGUAAUACAGAUCGUUUCUCUGCCGGACACCUGUAAUCUCGUGUGUAUAGCACUGGGAGAUUUGGAGAUUGGAGAAAUAAGGCUCUUGCUUUAUUCUUCUGAGAAUGACUCAUUCAAGCAAUCACUGGUGAAAACUGGAAAUAUAAAAGCUGUUCUUGGGCUGAAGGAUAGGAGGCUGGUCAGCAGCAGCAGGACCGUGCAGGAGCAGCAGGUGGAAAUAGUAUCGCUUUCAGAGACAGGAAGGAGCAAGGACGGACAGACUUUGAUGCCCCCUGAAGAAACUGUUCUAGCUUUUGCUGAAGUAGAAGGACUGAGAGACGCCUUGGUUGGCACCACUGCAGUGAACAGCGUUGUUGUUUGGAAUCUGAAAACAGGCCAGCUCCUGAAGAAGAUGCACGUUGGUUAUUCCUAUCCAGCUUCCAUCUGCCAUCGAGCGUAUUCUGACUCUGGCCUUCUGUUUGUUGUUUUGAGUCACCCACAUGCCAAAGAGAGCGAGUCCUGUGGAAACCCUGCGUUCCGCGUGGUAGCGUUCAACCCCAAAACAGGCAGGAGCACCGGGGUGAUGUUCUCCUCCCUGCCACCCGGGCACACUGGAAGGUACCUGGAGGGCGACGUGAGGGACACCU